CUGGUGGGCUGUUGUCUCUGGGGUCGCACAGAGUCAGACACGACUGAAGCGACUUAGCAGCAGCAGUAGCAGCAGCAAGUAUCCCUCAUACUUUCACAUACUUCAUAUUAUCUUUCUUAAAUCCCCCUCAAAACUUUAGAGUCCAGUAAAAAUUUCUUCUUAAACAAUCUUAUAGACGAAUGAGAAGGAAAAUGGAACAUUAAAGACAUUUUUAGAGUCAUGUGAUUUUAGAGCCGAAAGGGACUCUAGAGUUUGACCCUAUGUUAUGGAUGAGGGGCUGAGGUCGAGAGUAGGGAAAAGACUUACUGAAAGUCACUCAGCUAGUGGUAAUAUGGGUCCUGAAAAGCAGAGACGUGACACAGAGGAUUCCAAGAAUAGAGAUGCUCAUGUGUGGUCUUUCUGAGGCAUCAAGGAAGUUUCUUAACCCAUUUUUGUGGCUAAGCUUCCCAGGUUGGCUCAGUGGUAAAGAAUCCUCCUGCCAGUGCAGGAGCUGCACGAGAUGUGGGUUUGAUCUCUAAGUUGGGAAGAUCCCCUGGAGGAGGAAAUGGCAAUCCACUCCAGUAUUCUUGCUUGGAUAAUUGCAUGGACAGAGGAGCCUGGUGGGCUACAGCCCAUAGGGUUGCAGAGUUGGAUACAACUGAUGGGGACGGAACAUGCAAACACCAGUGGCUGAUUGCCCCAAUUAUGCCCCUUGACUGUGGCUAUGAGGUACAGACCAGCCUCCAGCAUGCCCCCUACAUUACGUUUUCGCAUAGGUGGGUCAGAAUUGAGGCUUGAAAGGCAAUUGGAGAUGCCAGAGCGUGAGAAGUCUGACUGGAGAUGGGGGAUUUAGUUGGAGACUGACUGCUUGGAGCUACAGCUUAAGUCAGAUUUUAACAUGAGAGACUUUAGGAAGGUGUUUUAGGGUUGUGCUGUGGAACUUGUGGUCUUUCAUUAUGGCCUGGGGAAAUAAAUGUAUGUGGUCCCAUUGUGAUGGCUUUACUGCAGUUUAGCCUCUUGCAGUCAAAUAGUAUUUGUUUCAGGUCCCUUUUUCUUACUUCUUUCUGUAUUCUUCUCGGUUCCAUCAGGCUCUUUUACCCUAACUUCUCUUCAUCUAUCAGACUCUCAGAGCUGCUGUAGAUUUUGGGAGGAGGAAUUGGAAAAUGAGCUGUGACCUACAAGUCAAUUUCCCCAGGUGGAUAAAGUCCACUGGAAGCCACAGAGGGGCCUCCUCAUUCCAGCAAUCUGGCCAGGCUGACAGACUCACAGCCUGUGGGGGCAGGGGAGGAGGAGGGGACCAGUAUUUCUCCGGCUAGUGAGGAACUGCCCAAGUCUCUUCAGUCUAGGCAGAGGAGGCAGGAGGUACUGGGGUUGGCUGGUCGCCUGGGGAUGCCUGGGCAGAUGUGGAAGCGGCUAGAAAGGUGGCCUUGCACUUGGGUUGCUGUUGCUGCGCUGUUCCUAGGAGACGGAGGAGCAGCAAGCCUGCGGGGGAGGGGGAGCAAGUGGGUUGCUGCUUUUAGCAGCUGAAAGGGCUGCAGGGAGCUCUGGGUAAGACGUUUUCUGCUGCUGCUGAUUCUGCGGUAGAAGCUGCCGAGAGUAAGUCAGAGGAAGGAGGAUUGAGAGGGAGGUGGCUUCAUUUGCAGCCAUGCUGAAUCACUGCUGCUGAUCAGAUCUCCUGCUGGUUGGCUGGGAGAACCGAGCAGAACAGAGCUAGGAUCCUCCGGUACAGGCACAGCUCAGCAGCUGCCACCCUGGCUGGGCCUCACACAAUGGACGGGGAAAGCAUCAAACCAAGCUCCCAGCCCCUGAUACAGACUGGGGAUGAUGAAAAGAACCAGAGGACCAUCACUGUCAACCCUGCCCACAUGGGGAAGGCGUUCAAGGUUAUGAAUGAACUGCGGAGCAAACAGCUAUUGUGUGACGUGAUGAUUGUGGCAGAAGAUGUCGAGAUAGAAGCCCACCGUGUGGUCCUGGCAGCCUGCAGCCCCUACUUCUGUGCGAUGUUCACAGGUGACAUGUCUGAGAGUAAAGCCAAGAAGAUAGAAAUCAAGGAUGUGGAUGGGCAGACCCUGAGUAAGCUGAUUGACUAUAUCUAUACGGCUGAGAUUGAGGUGACUGAAGAGAACGUUCAGGUGCUGCUCCCAGCCGCCAGCUUGCUACAGCUCAUGGAUGUUCGUCAGAACUGCUGUGACUUCCUGCAGUCUCAGUUGCAUCCCACCAAUUGCCUGGGCAUCCGUGCCUUUGCAGACGUGCAUACCUGCACCGACCUGCUGCAGCAGGCCAAUGCUUACGCAGAGCAGCACUUUCCAGAGGUGAUGCUAGGGGAAGAAUUUCUUAGCCUAAGUCUGGACCAGGUGUGCAGCUUGAUAUCCAGUGACAAGCUGACCGUUUCUUCAGAAGAGAAGGUAUUUGAAGCUGUGAUUUCAUGGAUCAAUUAUGAGAAAGAGACCCGUUUAGAGCACAUGGCAAAACUGAUGGAACAUGUCCGUCUCCCUCUUUUGCCGAGGGAUUACCUUGUCCAGACAGUUGAAGAAGAAGCUUUGAUAAAGAAUAACAACACCUGUAAAGACUUCCUCAUCGAAGCCAUGAAAUACCAUCUGCUCCCUCUGGAUCAGAGGCUCUUGAUUAAAAACCCAAGGACCAAGCCCAGGACUCCAAUCAGCCUGCCCAAGGUCAUGAUCGUGGUUGGUGGCCAGGCACCCAAGGCCAUCCGCAGCGUGGAGUGCUAUGACUUCGAGGAGGAUCGCUGGGACCAGAUCGCUGAGCUUCCCUCCAGGAGAUGCAGAGCAGGUGUGGUGUUCAUGGCUGGCCAUGUGUAUGCUGUGGGCGGGUUCAAUGGCUCACUGCGUGUGCGGACAGUGGACGUGUAUGAUGGGGUGAAGGACCAGUGGACGUCCAUCGCCAGCAUGCAGGAGCGCCGGAGCACGCUGGGUGCUGCUGUGCUCAAUGACCUGCUCUAUGCCGUGGGGGGCUUUGAUGGCAGUACUGGCCUGGCGUCGGUAGAAGCCUACAGCUACAAGACCAACGAGUGGUUCUUCGUGGCCCCGAUGAACACGCGCCGUAGCAGUGUGGGCGUGGGCGUCGUAGAAGGGAAGCUGUAUGCUGUCGGGGGCUAUGAUGGGGCCUCUCGCCAGUGCCUGAGCACCGUGGAGCAGUACAACCCAGCGACCAAUGAGUGGACAUAUGUGGCGGACAUGAGCACUCGCCGCAGUGGUGCAGGGGUUGGGGUCCUCAGUGGGCAGCUGUAUGCCACAGGUGGGCACGAUGGGCCCUUGGUGAGGAAGAGCGUCGAGGUUUACGAUCCUGGAACAAACACCUGGAAGCAGGUGGCAGACAUGAACAUGUGCCGACGCAACGCAGGGGUCUGUGCAGUGAAUGGGCUCCUGUAUGUGGUUGGCGGGGAUGAUGGAUCCUGUAACUUGGCUUCGGUGGAGUACUACAAUCCUGUCACUGACAAGUGGACGCUGCUGCCAACCAACAUGAGCACAGGGCGGAGCUAUGCAGGUGUUGCUGUGAUUCACAAGCCCUUGUGACCCCAACUCCCACUGCCAGGAGGUGGAGGAAGGGAGGGGUGCUGCCUGUGACUCAGCACAGCAGGACCACGCUGGUUGGAUGCCACUCGUUGCCAGAGUCUGCAGUGGGGCGGGAACUGCCCUCCUCCAACUUGGCAGUAUUGUCUGGGUGGGAAGACAGUGGUUGACCCCUGGCUUCCAUGAGGUGUCUUGUCCCCUGCCCUGAGCAGUGGAUUCCUGAUAGUUCUGGCUGCACCUUUGAGCACUGUGUGUGUGUGUGUGUGUGUGUGUGUGUGUGUGUGUGUUUCUAUAGGGGUAUUAGAGAAGCUGGAACUUGUGUGUGUGUGUGUGUAUGUGCGUGUGCAGAACAUUUUGCUUCACUAAGUUGGGGGAUGAUGACGGUCUACUUCAUUUCUGUACUACUGAUCCUUCUGCUAUGCUAAAAAACCAGUCACAGAAGCGUCUCUUCUGGAUCGGCCCAUGGGGACCUUGCGACUAUGGAAGCUGCUGUCUACUGGAAGUGCAGUUGGACACACCAGGAAUGUCCGGAAAUGACCAGGCCCAUGUACUGGCCUAGACCACUGGCACUGUCUGCAGAAGAGUGGGGCCCUCCUGAAGCUGCCCCGUGUCCUCUGUGCACUAGAACUAGGACCGUGGGUUCUCCAGCCCCUCGGCUGGGUGCUCUUCCUUUACCUCUUCUCCCAGAAGUUCUCAUCAGAACUGCCUGGUCUCUGGGCCCCUGGUCUUUGAUGUAAUGGAUUCCAAGUUUGGGAGAUUUUGUGUCUCUUCAGCUGAGAAAACCAGCUCUUCAGUGAAGCACUGAAAAACACACUGGAGAAAAAAAUACAUGGGAAACAAAAGCAACAAAACCAAGUGGUAGGGCUUUGGUCCUUGCCCACAGCGGUCUCGGAGAAGACCCUGCUUCUGGGUUUUCCUGGGAUAGGACGCCUCUGUUUAUACUUAUUAUCCAGGUUUAAUUAUUCAGAGCAUCCCAUUUUACUCUCUUAAGUGUUCUGGUUUGGUGGUGAAGUAAAAGGUCACCCUACCUCCAAACCUAAAGAUAGGUUUUUCAUUGCACUGGAUGGACUCAUGUGUGAUUCAAAUGGACACGGAUGACUUUAAAGGGGUGUACUGGCUGGCCCUGGCCAUCAGCAGUCUGUGAUGAAGGUCCUAGUCUGUCUGACACCCUUGUCCUCUCCCGCAUUCCAGGCCUAUACCGUCUCUCCAGCCCUCAGAAAUCCCACUCCUUGCUUCCAUGAGGGGAGACAUGGUGCUAGGCCCUGGGUGUGUGAUGUCUCUCAGGAAUACUUGCAUUUUGAGAGAGGAGCUUGAUGAAAGGUUUGCAAAUUCACAGGUAAAAAUGAUUAAUGACAGAACUUCAGGCAUCUGGAGAGGGGUAUUGGAGGGUGCACAGACUCACUUGCAUUUUAAAAAAAAAGAAGAACCUUAAAGCUGUACUGCUCCUGAACUAGCAAGUUGCUUAUAUUGGAAUUUCCAGCAUAAGGAGGGGAGAUCUUAUGUCUGGAGCAGCCUCACAACUUGGGGACUGGGAUUUACCCUCCCUGUUGUCAGGGUCCACCCUUAGGGAGCCAAGGAGCUUUAUGAACCCUGACAUUGGACUUCUGAUACAACUGGGCCCAUUCCAAGCAGAUUUUGCAGGAGGCUGGCAUUCUUCCCACUUCACCCCAAGUUAGAAACCCAGGACUCUCCCUAGCGAGUUGGCCACUCUGUGUAUUUACUGUAUAUUUAUUGUGCACGAACCACUCAACUCUCUUGAGGGGGAAACAUCUUCCGAUGUUGAGCAGAAUAUUAUAUCAGUGAGAUGUUUGGAGAACACCAAAGCACCCAGGGUCUUUAGCAGCCUUGGAAAGGGGCUGAAAUAUCCAGCUUUGAUGGACCUGGAAGAACAGUUCCAAAGAUCCAAAGAGAUUAAGACAUGCUGUUAGCUGGGUUUUCUGCCCUUACCUGGCAUGGAGGUGGCUGUGGUUUCAGAGCUCUGCCUGACUCUGGAUCAGAAGCUGAAGAAAUGUGCUUUCUGUUCCAAAUGUUGUUCUCCUCCCUCUCUGAGGAAGGUUUGGGACUUUGUUUCAGGGUUUGUGUGUGAGUGUGUGUGUGUGUGCAUGUGUGUUGGUGAUAAGGUUGGGGGUUGGGGUCUGAUGCGUGCCGUCACACAGCUCCUGAUUUCAGAUGAAACGUGAAGUACCCCCCAACACUUAGAAGCUGAACUUUCAUGCUUAUCAUGCUUGUGUAGGGGAGGCUACUGUUCAUGGUCAUCUUCCCAGAGAGGGUCCCCUCCAUGAGAGCUAGCCAGCGUGUUUUCUGCUUUUGGGUUUUUGUUGUGGCCCCUUCUUACGUCUUCCUGCCCAGGAAGUGCUGCCCCUGUUGGCAGUGUUCUGAGGCUGUGUUCAUCUCACCUCCAUGCGUCCUUUCUCAUGGGGACUAGAACACUGGUACAUCAUCACCAAAAAGCCAAUGUGCUGUAUCUGCCCGCAGAUGCCAUCCAAAACUAGCUCUCCCUUUACCACCAUAUGAUUUUCUCCCUACAGUGGGCACAACAGACUUAUUUUCAAGUCUGUGCUUUCAUGUGGUAGGUGAGCCCCCCAUACCCCUAUUCUGACUGCCACAACUGCUUGUGAAUGCAGCUUUGCCAGUGGUGUAUCUGAAGUCUGAUCACAGUGAUGAAAUGGAAUUGCAGCCCAAGGUUAGAAGCAGCUUAGACUCUGCUUGGAUACUGAUUUGGACAACAGAGAAGUCAGACUGAAUUCCAAAGUUAUUUCUCUUAAGUACCCAAUGGCAUCUCUCCAUCUAAAAAGUUGCAGUAUUAUGCAAAUGAAAGUGACCUCAUUUUCUGCUAUGCAAUAAGAAUACUUAAUUCUUUUUGUGACAAACCAGUUGCAAUAUCCCCUAAGAUGCUUUCUGAGCUGUCUUACUUUGAUAUCUGUUGUGUAAUGUUUGUAUCUUCCUGAGCCAGAUGCUUUCAAAGAUUGCCUUUUUAUAAAACUGAAGCUAUAGCUUUCAGGCUAAAAUUUUAAUGUAGAUAUUUUUAUAAAAUAAUUUUUCACAAUAUUUGAAUUGCUUCUUAUUAUCCAUGAUAAUGAAAUGUUAUGUUCUAUUGUGCCAUUCACUCGAACAUCAUUCAUGCCUGUAGGUAUUUUCCCUUUGUUUCUCACCUUACCCAAACUGAUUUUUCAGUAGCUUCAGGCUGACUUGGAGGCUUCUUUAUUACAACACAUGCAAGGGAGAUUGCUAAAAAACUCAUAAAUCACUGGUGUUUUUUUAGUUGUUCAGGGUUUAACAUUAAGCCUAACGCAGCACUUACCCAUCUAUGAUGCCUGUCUGCUUUUUCUGGAGGCAGGCUUUCGGCAGGAGUGAGGCAGGGUGAGUCUGGUUGGCCCAUCUCCUGGCAUCUCUCACAGUCUGGCCUGGAGUUUGGCAUGGAGAAGCCCAGGGAAAGGCCUGCCCUUCAGCAUAUACUCCAAGGAGGUUCUAAGUCCAGUUGACUAGUCUUCAUUCUUUCCUAUAUCCUUGUUCUUCAGAGCUUCAGGCCUAAGCCCUUUGCUGCUGGAUGAUGUAUGUCUCUUGAGAAAGCAUCUUGUCAAGGAACUUGAAAAGAGUGGUCAUGGACCCUGCUAAGAAUGUGAUCAGCAUGUGCUUUGCAGAUGUUCAUACUAUACUUACAACUUACUUGUCUCUUGAGCUGUGUCUACACUCCAGGCUCUAUUUUGUGUAUUUAUCUGCCAAUUAGUCUCAUUUAAAGAAUCUUUAUUAUUUUUGGGACAGGUGCCAUUUGACUUGCCUCUGUGCUCCCCAUUCGUACCUUGGUGGAUCAAGUUGGGAAGCUGAGCAAACUCCUAAUCCAAUUAGCUGGAGUUUUUCUAUUUGCCUAGAGAGGCGAGGAGGUUAGAAUGUAUUUUUUUUUAAAGUUUUUGCACUAUUUAGAGUCCUAAGCCCCUCAUGUUCAGCCAUGCUGUGUAUCUAUUGACCAAGCAGGAGAGCUCGCGGCACCUCUGACAUUUGGGAGUGUCAGAGGUCUCUUCUGUAGUGGAUAAUCACAACCUCAGAGCCCCUGCGCACCCCUUGUCAUGGGGCUCGUGACUUACAGAUUCAGCAUUGGCCAAGGCAGUAAUGCAUGGGACUGGAGCAUUUGGAGCAACAAAGUGCUCCAGUGCUACGUUCUCACCUUUGGUUAUGAGAUUUCAAAUUAUUUUAUCCCCUUUUCAGUGGCAAUAAGAACCUUUGUUGGACUUCUUGUUUAAUUCGUACAUAAUGUGUAAAAUACUUUCUUUGAAAGCAAAUUCAAGGCACUGAAUCUGUAUGUCUGUGUGGGUGCUGUGUCCGUGUAGCUGUCCAUUGGCAGGCAGACUUGAUCCCUGACGCCCUGUACACCACACUGCAUGAGUCAGGUCCUUGAUCGGGUGUUCUCUGCUUGGAUGGUAGGAACCACAGAGCUUAUGAAAGAACCCUUGUCACCUGCUCCAUCGGUUACAGUGCUAGCUGAGGAAAACAGUUCCUCAUAUGUAUUCUUUUAACAGGACUCAUGUUCUAGUUUCCUGUAAUUUAUGUUCCUUUAAUUUUAAUAAAAGCUGAACUGUGAGAA